AUGGCUCGUUCCACUCGAAGCUACACACGUCAACUCGCUCGCGAUGGGCUAGAGAUUCCCGCCACCACAUUCCGUCUCAAUCGACUCUGUCUAGAGGUGCGACAGGCCAUCUGGGAGUUCACUCUUCCAUAUCGUCAAGUCCACUACGUCAACGUCAAGUCUUGCAACGACGGAACCCGCGAUUAUCUCCAGAUCGAAUUACCUCCCCUUCCGGUCGCUUUUCACGUCAACAGCGAGUCUCGCUUCACAGCCCGCCGAUGCCUUGAACGAUUCGACCGCCACACACGUCCCAUGACCGAUGGGUCGCCUCGUCCCUACGGUUACUUCAACCCUCGAACCAACUUCCUUCAUAUACCUGAACUCGAAUUUUCUGACGACACCGGGGACCUACUUCCCAGCCUGCCUCGAGUCAAUUUCCCAAACCUCUCGAUUUGCGGCCAUGAAUCCAAUCUCGUCGAGAACACCGUCUAUCAGGACCCCGGAGGCGAGAAAGAAUACUGGAUUACUGAGGCUAUUUCCUCCCGGCCUCUUCCGUCCCAGGUUUUCAUCGCCGAAAUGGCCAUAAUCGGAGGCUUCCGCGCCCACGCCAGGUGCCAGAAAUACAUACCGGUUGGAGACCCGACAGCUACGGAUCGCCCAUACCGUUAUGGAGACAGAGUGUGGAGUUUACUUCAGCAUGCCCCAAACCUACCAGAUAGAGGGUAUUGGGAUGGGAUCUUCCCAAUUCGACAUCUCAUAAUGCCUCUGGCAUGUGACUGUCCUGGUGUGGCGGGGGAAGCAAGGAAGAAGGUGGAGAAAAAGGCUCGUGAGGCAACCGGCCGGAGAACUUGA